GUCGACACUGACUAUAUACUAUAAAUACUGCUGCGGGUCAGGUCCAUUCGUGGCGGACUGUACUGGUUGCAACUCUCCAGGUAUUUCGGAACAUUACAGCACCAAGCACCAGCACGGUGAUCCCUACGCAACAGCCAAUCAGAAUCUGCCAAGCUCAACGUAAACAGAAGAUGACGACACAGAUUCGCGACUGCUCUGCUUAGACGCGAUCAGCUGUUUUUGACAGAGAGCGACAUUAACACCAAAAUACAUUACACAAACUUCUCCUGAGGCCUAGAUUGAAACUUAUAUUGAAGCAUCGAUAAAAAAAGAGCUUACACACAAGGAAAAAUGUUCAGCGGUGUCGCCAGCCUACUUUUUGGGAGCUCCUCCACUGAGCCCGAAACUGAAGUGAAGGAAGUUGAUGUCCCCACACGUGAUGCUGAACUAGGCUGGGUAGUCGUGGAUCUCCCAUCCUCGGAAAAGUCCUCCAAUGAAGGUGAAAACAGGCAGCAGCAGCAGCAACAGGGGGGUGAGUGCCCGCCUCCCCCUCACCACUGUGAACUAAGGGUACCUGUGGAGAUCCCUGAGGGGGACAGCAGCUGUCCGUCCGACCCCGAGAGUACCAGCUCGCAAAAUCCCUGUAGCCCUGGCUGCUGUAGUCCCUCAUCUCACUCCAGUGAUGUUGUUUUAUGUAAUAGAAACAGUAUACGUGUAGAAAGUUGGGUUCUAACACCACCACCUUGUUUUACAGGGAGGAGAAAAAGAAACACAGGAGUAGCUGAUAGCCCCAUGGAAAACUUACUAAUUGAACACCCAAGUAUGUCUGUAUAUAAUUCUUACGGUGGUGACAGUACCGGUGAACUUAGCAACCAAUCAGAGUCUUCCAGUGAUGUAGACAUGGAAGACGAAAGUGUUGCUCAUAGGACUCGCAAUCAGAUGGUACACCAAGCUCCACGCAGGCCACAUGCCAUAGCUGCACGUGCAGGGAUGCUUGCACAUGUUCAAAACGUUAAGUUCGCUCAACGAAAACAGCGGUUGCAGAACUGUAAGCAUAUGAGCAAGAAGAACAUAGAGAGAUCUAACAAGGUGAAGGAGUAUCAGUCUCUGGGUAAACGACAGAGCCAGCGCAACCGUACCCUUCGUCCAUCUGGUUGUAUGAAUGGCCGCAUCGGCCAGAGGAAAUUCUAAAGUCCAUGCCCUACCGGUGAAACAUCUCCCCGCCUUUGUUUAGAGAUUAAAUAUCCCCAGGAGUUUAUGUAUAUUAGAAUUUGUAAUUAUCAAUAUUGUUAUUUAUACACCUUUAUCAUGUUUGUAUUUUAUGUAUAUUGAGAUGAAUAAUAUGGAAAAUAAUAGUCAUUGUUCAGGUUGAAAGUUAAUGUCCUUUGCUGCAGUUUAAGUUGAGAGUGAUGGUAUCUAACACUUGUGUAUAUGUUUAAAAUGAGGGAACUGCCAUGGGGAAAAAAAACAGCAAAACAAAAACUCACAAAAAAUAACUUUUAUGAGGCUCCAGUUUCUGUUGUAUUGUUUGUUUUUCUUGUGUAUGUUACUGUCAAGUUAAAAUGGUUCUGCGUGUCAAAACAAUGGCAUAUAUGCAGUGUAUUAUGUAUAUAGUUGGCAAAUUCCCAAUUCACAGUCAUGGUGUUCAGAAGUUGAAACAUCUGUCACUUCUAACCCCCUUGUUAAUUUGUUGAUGUGGUUCAUAGGGUCAUUUUUAAGAUUCAUUAUCUACUAGAAUUGUUAUUAUUGCAGUCUCAAUGUUGAUCAAGGAAAUAGCAUGUAAUUUUUAGAGUUUUUCUACUUGAAAUUUCUUAAGGGUUAUAUUGUAUUAUUAUCAUGUUAAUGCAAGAUUUAAAGAUUUAGAUGAACAACAUACAUUUUACAGGAUAUUUCUAUGUUUCUUAUUUAUUAUGGGAGUAUUUAAUGUUUACAUAUAUUCAAAUUUGUAGUUAUAUUUUUGUCUAAGUUUGACAAUUAAGCCUAGCUGUCUAUCCUUACUAAUGAAUUAUUUUAGCUGCAUGGGUAGACCAGAGAUUUAAUGGCUUUGAAUAAAAUAAUGAAAACCCGAAGAAUGAUUGCCCCCCUGACAGAUUGACAGAGACGCAAAUGUCAUUAUGAUCGAAUUACUGCUUGUUGCUGGAGAAAGGGAGCAACCACAAGCAUAAUGUGAUUACCCAGACAUCAAACAGAAUCGGCAUUGCUAUUAGUCUUGGACACAGCAGUCAAGUCAUUAGAAUUUUGAUGUGUCAUUUCAUCAAGCAUUUAACAGUUUAUGCCAAACUGAAAUACAUGAAUUUAUGAACAAUCAAACAGAAUAUCAUGUCUGAUACAGCCUAACCAAUCAUGUUUUAGUGAUCAGCUUAUAACUGCUCUUCUGAUUACCAAGGUGCUUAUGAUUGACCACUGCUUGUCAAGUUGUACAUAGAACAUUGAGUAUUACUGCCAUCAUCAGCCAAUGUGUGUACAUACUUGUAAUAUACUACAAGGUACAUCAUCACUGCAGACAAAACUGGUGCUAUGUCAUCUAGGCACACGGCCCACUCACUUGCGCACAGCCCUCUCUUGUCCACCCAUACAACCUUAUGUGAUUGCAAUACUCUGUCUUUACUUUUGCAGUCUCCGUCCUGUGUUACUUACUUGAAGACAUAUUGUUAAACUGACUAGGUAUAAUGACUUCCUUGUUACCAUGUUCCAGUGUGGAAGUAAAUGUCCUGCUGAUAUGUUCAGCUCUUGUGACAUGUUUGUAUUUGACAUUUGUUGCCUUUGACUGAUAAGCAUUUGACUUGACACUGCAUGUAAAAAUUGUGGAUUAAACUUGAGAUACUACCUCUUGUUAAUUUGUACAUCUGUUAGAAUUUAGAAUUUUAGAAUGAAAAUAUAACAUUUUAUUAAAUAUUAAAUUGCCUGCCAAUAAAUGAUGUAUACGUAUGUUCUUACCAAAUAUGAAAAUGUCUAUAUCCAGUUUUAAUUUAGAAAAUAUAUCAAAAGCAUACUGAUAUUAUUCAGCAAUUUCCACCUAAAUAGAAGUGAAAUGUUUGUGUAAUAUCUAACUUAUAAAAAAAAUAUUCUUUAUUUUUUGACUUGUGGAAUUGGUUAUGGUUUAGACCCAUUGCAGGCGUCAAUGCUUUAAAGUAUCCAUGGACCUAUUUGGUUUAAUGUGGUCACAUGCAUGCAGCUGUCUUCAGAUAGCUUUGCUCCAAGUGCUGUUGUAUGUCCUGUUGUUUUCUAGCCUUAGUCUGUAUCAUGUAGUAAAAUACAUAGAUGAUAAAAACAAAAAAAUUAACACUGCAUCACUCCCAGAAAAUAUGCAGGUGUACUUACAACACAAACAAGCGGAGUUUUCAAUACAUACAUAAGAAAUGACAUUUCAGACUGUUAGGGUCAUUUUUAAUAGUUUGGAUUACAGCAUCAUUAAUAUAUUUCAUCAAACUUGUAGAAGAGAUUCUUUUUCCUGCUUGAAAAUAACACUUUAGCCUCCUCAUGUUGAGGACAUGGUGAUGAGAAGAUUUUGCAAAUAUCUUCAUUGCAAACUACCUCCCAACAGAUCUGAAGUGGCCAACAGUCCCCCUUUGUUUUAGCUUUUCAUGAUUUAUCUACUUUGCUGUAAAGAAGUGAGUUUGUAACUGAUGUUCAAUGAAGGGGAAAAAACUUCAUUAGCCAAAAUAAACCCCCCCCUAUUACUUGGUCAGUAGGUCUGGAUAUCUUCUGUUUCCACUAGCAAUGAAUGGUAGAUUUUCAGAGAUAAUGUCUAUAAAAGAUUCAUCUAUUAAUUUAACGUAAAUGGUUUCCCACAUAACCAAUGAAACCAUGUCUCAUGUAAAGAUACACCAUGGCUUAUGAUCACCCUAGAUAUAUGAAAUAGGAAUUUACAUGCCAGUGAUGUUAAGCCUGGCCCAUGCUGUUGUCACUUGUCUGGCAAGCCCUCCCAGUCUACUUUGCUGUUGUCACCUGUGCAGCAGGCAUGAUCUGUUUACUGUGCUGUUGUUGACAUAGAGCCAGCGUGUCACUGUUGAAGUCUUAUCCUGCUCGCGUCACCCAGUGACAGCUGUACAUAGCCUCCAUGUAUCAUACUGAUGUUAUGGCUCAAUAUGAAUUAUAUGAAACUGAAAGGCAGCUUUAUCCAGUCUGUUAAGAGCAUGUGGUUUUUUUAUUAGAGGAUUCUGUAUUAUAUCACAGGCUAUUAAUUUUGCUGUAAGCUGAACAUGUUGAUGAGGACAUUAAUGCAAUUUGUAUUUAUUCAAAACUAUCAUACUGUGUAUGUUGUUAUUCCUUUCGUGAAUGAUCUGCAGAGGCAAGAAUGUAUGUGUCUGAAUAGUUGUGUGAUGCAGGUUUACAAAAACAGUAAUAAACUUCUUCUUUCCAAGUUAAA